GUACCACCUGCACUUGACGGGACAGAAAAGAGCAAGGACUACACGUGAGGGGUUCAUAAGAAGGAAGUUACGAUACAUCCAAACUUGACAGCUCUGCAACUUGACAUCACACGUCGUCAACGGGCUAUUCGUAUCCCAAACACAACACGCCAUACUCUCAUACCAGCCCCUCAGUAUAAAUCACACCUCAAAAAAGAACCAUCAAACUUCAACAAUGGCAUCCAAACCCGCAGUUGGCUUCUGCGGCCUCGGAGCCAUGGGCAUGGGCAUGGCAACCCAUCUCGUCAAGCAAGGCUACCCCGUAACCGGCUUCGACGUCUACCCGCCCUCGCUAGAAAAGUUCAAAGCCGCAGGCGGCACGCCUUCAUCCUCGCUUUCUGAGUCUGCUAAAGAUAAGCCAUUCUACAUUGUCAUGGUGGCUACAGCCAUGCAAACGCAACCCGCGCUCUUCGAAAAAGACGGCAUUGUAGCUGCGCUACCCAAGGGCGCAACGCUCUUCCUGUGCUCCACGGUACCAAGCGCGUAUGCGAAGAGCGUGGAGAAGGAAUUGGUUGACAUUGGCCGCUCGGAUAUCCACUUCAUCGACGCGCCUGUUUCUGGGGGCGCUGCAAGGGCGGCUGAGGGUACGUUGUCGAUUAUGGCGGGAGCGUCUGCAGCGGCGUUUGAGAAGGGCACGGAGUUGCUCAAGGAGAUGUCUGCGCCAACCAAGUUGUAUCUUGUUGAUGGUGGGGUCGGCGCUGGUAGCAAUAUGAAAAUGGUGCAUCAAGUGCUUGCUGCCGUACACGUUUUGGCACUCAACGAAGCUUAUGGGUUUGCGGCGCGUUUGGGGCUCAAUGGCAAGGAUGUGCUGGAUAGGGUUGUGGGCAGUCCGGGGUGGAGCUGGAUGUUUGAGAAUCGCAGUUUGAGAACUUUGAAGGAGGAUUAUUUUCCCGGGGCGAGUGCUGUGACUAUUAUUCUCAAGGAUACGGGUAUCAUAACAACCAUGUCCCGCGACAUCCGCUUCCCAGCAACAAUGUGCUCCAUCGCCGAGCAGGUCUACUUCUCCGCCGUAGACCGCGGUCUCGGCCCCAACGAUGACGGCGGCAUCGUCCGUCUCUGGACCACCGAUCCAGUCGCAAACAUUACAUGUACCCUCUCCCCCGAAGACAAGGAGACCAAACUCCAGCGCGUCGUCGACCUGCUAACCGGCAUCCACCUUGUCGGCGCUGCGGAAUCCCUAUCCCUGGCCAAGCACGUUGGUAUCCCGCUGCAGCAGUUUUACGGCUUGGCACUGGAUGCCGCGGGUGCAAGUACCAUGUUUAAGGAGGCGGGUAAGCAGAUGAUUGAAGUGUUGGAGGGUAGAAAUGAUGGCAAGGGUAAGGUGCUGGAUGCGUAUGCGGAGGUGUUGAAGAUGGCGGUUGAGCAGGCGCAGGCAGCUAGGUGUCCGGUUUAUCUGGGUACUGCGGCUUUCAACGUCUUGUUGCAGACGAGGGAUGAGUUGAGCUUCGCGGCGUUGUUGAAGUACUAUGCACCUUAA